ACAGACUCACCCCGCUGCUGGAAAGAAUGUUUAUCAAUCACAUCACAGUAUCAAAAUUCAAAACAAAGUAACCUAUUUAAUUUUAAUUAUUUUAAUUCUUAACUGUAUACUUUAUUCGAAUUUUUAUCCACGUGAAGAUGGCUAAUACUGGUGUUCUACCUUUCGUCCGUGGCGUUGAUUUCAGUUUUAAUGACUUCAGUGAUGGAAAAUUUCCACAUGCAGUUCACCUCAUGACUGGAGUCCAAUGGCUCAAAUUGAACCGAUCCAACAUUGAGCAAAUUCCAGAAGAACUUGGAAAAUUGAUUAAAUUGGAGCAUUUAUCCCUAAUCAGGAAUGAUUUGGAAAAACUUUAUGGAGAAUUGACUGAACUCUCUUGUCUGCGGACUUUGAACUUAAGACACAACAAAAUUAAAAGCUCAGGUGUACCCGCAGACCUUUUUAAAUUAGAAGAGCUCACCACAUUAGAUCUGAGCCAUAACAACCUUAAAGAAGUACCUGACGGGUUGGAUGAUGCCCGUGCCUUACUAGUUUUAAAUUUGAGUAAUAAUUCUAUCAAUGCCAUACCUAACUCUUUAUUUAUGCAUUUAACUGAUCUUUUAUUCCUUGAUUUAAGUAACAACAACCUUGAAACCCUUCCGCCACAAAUGCGACGCCUCGCUAAUUUACAAACGCUUAUUCUUAAUCACAACCCAUUAGGCCACUUCCAGUUGAGACAAUUACCAUCAAUGACUAACCUAGAAACGCUUCACAUGAGGAAUACUCAAAGGAAUUUGAAUAAUAUGCCGCCCAGCCUAGAAUCAUUAGUCAAUCUCACGGAUCUUGAUCUAAGUCAGAAUGACUUGCCCAAAGUUCCUGACGCCCUAUAUACUUUAACCAACCUGAAGCGGUUGAAUUUAUCUGUGAACAAAAUUGAAGAACUAUCCUUAGCUUUAGAAGUUUGGCAAAAUUUAGAAGUAUUGAAUUUAUCGAGCAACCAGUUAACGUCCUUACCUGCCUCUCUGUGUAAGCUCCUCUCUCUCAGGCAUUUAUACCUGAACAACAAUCAGUUAGAUUUUGAAGGAAUUCCCUCCGGCAUUGGAAAAUUAUGCUCUUUAGAAAUAUUUUCCGCAGCAAAUAAUCGUCUAGAAAUGAUUCCAGAAGGCCUAUGUCGAUGUGGCUCUCUGAAGAAGUUGAUUUUGAAUGCCAACAAAUUGAUUACGUUACCCGACACCAUUCAUUUACUGACUGAUUUAGAAGUAUUGAACCUGAAAAAUAACCCAGAUUUAAUUAUGCCUCCAAAACCCAUAGAAAAUCAAAAAGGUGCUGGCCUGGAGUUUUACAAUAUUGAUUUUUCCUUACAAAAUCAACUACGAUUAGCGGGUGCUAAUGUUCCAGCACCGCCAAGCGGACAUAAUGGUGCCAAUAGAGAUCCUAUUGCCAGAAAGUUGCGUCUACGACGUGGCAAAAGAGAUAUGGAGGAAGCGGAUCAAGACCAGGCUAAAAUUUUAAAAGGCAUGAAAGAUAUUGCCAAAGACAAGAACAAACAAAAGACGGCAGAAGAAGCUAAAGUUGAAUCUUUAAAACCAAAGCGGUGGGAUGAAACUUUAGAAAAGCCACCCAUAGACUACUCGGAAUUAUUUGAAGAAGACGCAGGCCAAAUUCCAGGACUCACAAUUUGGGAAAUUGAGAAUUUCAUUCCAAAUCAGAUCGAAGAAGCUGUUCAUGGCAAAUUCUAUGAAGGAGAUUGCUAUAUUGUUCUGAGAACUUUUGUUGAUGAAUCUGGCAAUCUGUCAUGGAGCAUUUAUUUUUGGAUUGGUGAAAAAGCAACGUUGGACAAAAGAGCUUGUGCUGCCAUUCAUGCUGUAAAUUUAAGAAAUUAUUUGGGUGCCGAGUGUCGAACGGUACGUGAGGAACAAGGGGAUGAAUCGGAAGAAUUCUUAUCACUGUUUGAUACAAAUAUUGUCUACAUCGAAGGAGGCAGGACAGCUAGUGGAUUUUAUACUGUUGAAGAUAUGACCUACAUAACUCGCUUGUACAGAGUCCACACGGUGGGAAAUGCUAUUCAUUUGGAACCUGUGGCUAUUUCCUCUGAAUCAUUGGACCCUCGAUUUGUAUUUGUUUUAGAUACAGGUUUAAAAAUAUUCCUGUGGUAUGGAUCACAUUCAAAAAAUACCUGUAAAUCAAAAGCAAGGCUCAUGGCUGAAAAAAUCAAUAAGAAUGAAAGGAAAAAUAAAGCUGAAAUAUUUGUUGAAGCUUUUGGUGCUGAAAGUGAAGAAUUUUGGGAAAGCAUUGGUGAAGAAGAUGGCAUGAAACCAGAAGAUCCCGUCAUCGAGCAUGUUUGCAGUGACUUCACCCCAUUUGCCCCUCGUCUAUAUCAAGUGCAGCUGGGUAUGGGCUAUUUAGAGCUGCCACAAGUAGAAGUUCCUCAUAAUAAACUCGCUCACACUCUUCUGAAUUCUCGGAAUGUGUAUCUGGUGGAUUGUUUCAACGAUUUGUUCGUCUGGUAUGGGAAAAAGUCAACCCGCCUGGUUCGAGCUGCUGCCAUGAAGCUUUCACAGGAGCUAUUCUACAUGAUUCACCGUCCAGAUCAUGCUCUAGUAACACGGGUUCAAGAAGGCACCGAGUCCCAAAUUUUUAAGUCCAAAUUUGUAGGCUGGGAUGAAGUAAUAGCUGUAGAUUUCACUCGAACUGCAGAGUCGGUUCAGAAAACUGGAGCUGAUUUAACCAAAUGGGCUAAACAACAACAAACCAAAGCUGAUUUAGCAGCAUUGUUCACACCAAGGCAGCCUCCAAUGCCAUUUAAUGAAGCUAUUCAACUGAUGGAGGAUUGGAAUGAAGACUUGGAGACAAUUGAAGCUCUAGUUUUGGAAGGAAAGCGAUUUGUUCGUUUGCCAGAGGAUGAAUUAGGCCACUUUUACAGUGGAGAUUGCUAUGUGUUCCUCUGUCGAUAUUGGGUUCCCGGUGAUGAGGAUGAAGAGGACGGUGAAAGAAAUCAAAAUUCACCCCCACCAGAAGAUGACUUUCAAAUGGUGGUAUAUUUCUGGCAAGGAAGAGAUGCUUCUAACAUGGGGUGGCUAACCUUUACUUUCAGUUUGCAAAAGAGGUUUAAGUCACUAUUCGGGGAUAAGCUUGAAGUUGUCCGCACUCAUCAACAACAGGAAAAUAUUAAAUUUUUAGCACAUUUUAAGCGAAAAUUUGUUAUCCAUACAGGCAAACGAAAAGAACGGUCUGCCUCUUCUGUAGAAUUUUAUCAUUUGCGAGCAAAUGGUAGUGCACUCUGCUCACGACUUAUACAGAUCAAACCUGACGCAGCUUGUCUGAACUCAGCUUUCUGUUACAUUCUUAAAGUGCCCUUUGAUCAUGAAGAAUCAUCUGGAAUUGUUUAUCUUUGGAUUGGUUCAAAAGCAGAUGUUGAGGAUAUAAAACUGGCUGAAGAAAUUGCCAAUGAAAUGUUUAAUAAUCCUUGGAUCACGAUGCAGGUCUUAAAUGAAGGAGAAGAGCCAGAAAACUUUUUCUGGGUCGGUCUAGGAGGAAAGAAACCAUAUGACACUGAUGCCGAUUUUAUGCAGUAUUCGCGAUUAUUCCGUUGCUCAAAUGAAAAAGGAUAUUUUACAGUCUCUGAGAAAUGCUCUGAUUUUUGCCAGGAUGACUUGGCUGAUGAUGAUAUUAUGGUAUUGGAUAAUGGAGACCAAGUGUUCCUGUGGCUGGGUGCUCGUUGCAGUGAAGUAGAAAUAAAACUUGCAUACAAAUCAGCUCAGGUCUAUAUUCAACACAUGAGAGCAAAGCAACCAGACAAACCAAGGAAAUUAUUUUUGACCCUGAAAAAUAAGGAAUCUAGAAGAUUUACCAAAUGCUUCCAUGGAUGGAGUGCACACAAAAAACCUCCAGAGUGAAGCAACCAUAAAUUUUGGUUGAAAAUGGAGGAAGGCCAAUUGAAAUCUGGAGAAGGAUCGGAAUUUUCUGCACCUCUGCUUGAUGCGAAGAACAGUCUGCUCAAAAUAUUGCUACAUGAAUCGUAAUUAUUAACAAUAUUAAUGUGUUUGAUGAAUUCUUUGAAUCUCCCCCAUAAAACAUUCUCUGUACUUACUAUUUGGACUGCAAAAAAGUGGUGAAUUUUUUUGUGAACUUAGAGUUUGAUGUUCAAAGAAGAAUAGAUUUUGAUCAAGCUAAAACUGAAAACACAUUUUGAUCGGUCGAAAAGCAUGCUCCAAGUAGAGUCAUUGAUAACUAACGUAAAGUGUUAUUUUAUGUCAUAAGUCCCAUCGUCUUGAUGAUUAUCGCUGAUUUUCAAUCAUUCCUUUGUUUUUUGUUUUGUUUGCCCCAUGAACGUUGAGAUUUAUUUAUUGUACUUUACUGAUACUUUUUAGAAAUGUUUGUUACUUCUGGAAAGGUGCUAAAUAAUUUUUAACUUUGUAUCUAUAGAAUUACCACUAAUUAGAAUAAGGAGGAAUAGAACAUUUGUACAUACUUAAUUUAUUUUCAUCCAUUAAGAAAAAAGCGGAUUUAUUUCAUUCUAGAAAUUUGUCCUGCAUUACCAAUUUUGAUAAGUUUUAAUAAAAAAAAUCCUUUGAAAAUAAGAAGUUUGUUAAACGAAUUUACCGCUCAUAAUAAGGAGUUACUAAAUCAGAUUGUGGUCCCAAGAUUCAUUCUGAGUAUGACAUCAACUGAAGAAGAAUGUUUUCAUUCGUCAGUGAAAUGACUUCAUAUGGAGUCUGUGAUAAACGUCGAUCCAGAUUGCAUUGUCAUUAGUUUGUAGGUGAAAAAAGUCCAUAAUAAAAUGAAACAGAACGGAUCCAUCCUAUAACUAGUAUUUAGAAAAAUAAUAUCCUGUCUGAUAGAAUGGUUUACCAAGUAAGUGUUUUCUUAAAUCCUUCAGUGUAUGUAGGCCCAUCUGUAUGAUCAUGUCCAGUUCAGAGGAGGUCCUUUCUAAAUAGUAUAAAUGCGAAGCCUCAAAUAGUCAAAACUUCAUUUCACAAAACCGUAUUACAGAAUGUUUCUUGGAGAUUGAAUCGCAGGUUGUUACUCCGUGCUGUAUACGAUGUUGAUUGUCAUUUGUUGUAAACACAAAAGAAAUAACUGCAGAAUAAACUCUUAACAACAUCUUCAGUAUCCACCAAA